AUGGACGGGACAAACCUGCGGGCUCGUGGGCUGUUGGUUGCCAACGUUGCAUGGGCCUCUUGGUCCUCUUGGUCCUCUUCUCGGCCUGCAGUUCGCGCCAUCGUUGUGGCUCGGGGCGGUUUGGUCCUCGAGAACGAACACUUCCCGCAUCCAGCCGCUCUGCCAGGGGACAAACCAGGUCUCGAGCCACCAGAAAUCAUGCUGCGUGUCGAGAGCGGUCUCAGGGCAAGGAUUGACAUCCAGAACUCUCCCAAGCUCAGGACCCGAGAAUACGGUAUCACAUCUACAUCACCAAUAAUGUUGGCACGCUUCCCUUCCCCGAGUAGUGGCGUUCAAGAGAGCAAUCAACAUCUCCAAAUUGCACCCCUGAUCCUGGUCCUCACUCGCAUCCCCACGUUGGCGCAAGGAAAAUGGCCAAAAGCUCAGUCGUAG